UGAGAUCACACACACGAAAAACAAAAAAUCCCAAACAUUCCGCAGCACAAAUUCAAUCAAAUCCAAAACGCACAUUUCGGUCGCAUCCAAAUUGUACGGAUUUCGUUAGUAAAUAAAAAUCAAAUUUCGUGUAAAUCCAAUCCAUAAUCCGUGGUAGAGUAGAAACCACACCAUCAUGUCGUAUCAGAUCAAAUCGACGCCCUACUUUCGUCGCAUGUUCAACGAGAGCAAGAAGAAUGGCCAACUGCAGCGUCUGCGUGAUGAGUACGAGCGCAUCCAGGAGUUCAACGAUCGCACCAUCGAAAUGAAGAUGCGACAGGUGCGAUUAAAGCGGCUAUUUCGCGAGAUCGAGGUAAUUAAGGUGGCUGGCGGGGCGGCCGGUGGCGCCAGCGGUGGCGGCACAUCGACGGCAUCAUCGCCAUCGAAUGUUGACCAAUCGUUUGGUUUAGCCGGCGGACGCGUUACCCGCCGGAGACGGCAACAGGCACACGGUGCUAUCACGCUGGCUAGCAGCACGCCCCAGCAGCGGAUGCACAAACAGCGCAUAGAGACGCUGGCACGCGCACGCCAACUGGGCCAGGAGAUCUCGCGUCGGAAUGGCCUAAUGGCCGAGGCCGGCACCGGCGGUUUCCUGCGCAGCGAACUCCGGAUGACGGCCAAGCUGCAGGCGGCGAACGAUGCACGCCGGGCGGCCGUGGAGCGUCGCGACUUGGCCGCCAAGCGCAUCUCCUAUGGCAACGAUCAGUCGCGACAGAAUAUCCAACGCAUGCUCAUCCAACGCCAGCGCAGACAUGAACAGCAGCAAGCGUUGGCGGCGACAGUAGCAUCACCGGCGGCACCGUCAUCCAAUUCCUACCAGGUGUCCAUAGCGCAGCAGCCGGUCACAAGCAGGCCCAGGCAUGAAUACACGGACAAUUGCCAACAACAGCAGGAACUGCUGGCGGUGACCAGUGAGCGAUCGACGGAGCAGGGCGAUCAUUUGCAGAUGGAAUGCGAGGGGCAGUCGUACUCGGAGCAAAGCUUCCAUUCGAACGACUGUCUGGCGCAAUCGAUGGACGAGGAUCUGGAUGGUGAGGAGGAGCUGGAAUACACACGCCAUCGGCGUGAUGGCGACGCGGAUGAGGAGCCGGAGCGGCAGUCCUGCCUGGUGACGCUGAACAAGGAAAGAUCCACAUUGGCAGCCACAUCACCGCUGGAUAUGCGUCGAGUCAAAAGCUCCAUUGAUUCGUAUCGAAAGACGCACCUAUCUCCGCUGGCCAGCGGCAGCAAUUGGGUUCGGGUUGUUGGUGGCGCCCAAUCGUCCACCAUUGGAUCGCAUCAGCCAAGUGGAACGGUGCCGCCGCCGCUAAACGAUGAACUGCAGCUGGAUUCGCAGUCCAAUUCGAGUAGGUGGCAUGAGGUCUCAAUGAUGCUGUCGUGGUUCGGCGCCGCUUCCGACAUCCCAACCGACUAUGCCGAUGCUCCGCCACCCGAGGUGCCCAGUCACUACGAUUGCGAUUCCAUUAGCAAUGCGGACGAUAUGCCAACGCCAACUGUGUGCCGUCGACAGCGCAUGUUCGCCGAGCAGCCGAGUGAUGCUGCCACACAGGCGCAGGAGGAGCCCUUCUAGCCAGCCGACGAGCGGCAGACGCACUGCAGCACACAUCUAUUUUUUUUACUGCAAUUCGGUAUGGAAAUCCAAACCAUCCAACCAACCAACCAGGCAAGUCUGCAGCGCCUGCAAAGUUCACUUAUUUGGCAUGCUACGCUAGUUUUGGCUUAGAAUUCCCGGCCCAUCCUGUCCAGAAGUUGUGCACGUGCACUUGGCUGGCAACCUUUUCGCAUCUUUAUUUGGUAAUAAAAUUAUGGGUAUGGUAUUACAUUUCAC